UCCAGGACAACCAGCACCGUGUUCUCACAGGAGCUCAACAUAGACUGGGAAACAUGGGUGUGACGCUGCUUGAGUCCCGACUUUGUCUCCUGCUGUUGCUGGGACUUGUCAUAAUGGUUGUCUCAUUCCGGCCCCCACCGGGUUUAACCCCUUCCCAGUGGUUUGCAAUCCAGCAUGUAAAUAUGACCAGCUCCCGAUGUACUACAGCAAUGCAGAGAGUUAACCGUUAUACAGGACAAUGCAAGGGCACAAAUACUUUUAUUCAUAAAAGUUUUUCUUCUGUUGUUCGUGUGUGUGGCAGAAGAAAUACUACUUGCCGUAACGGUCGUGCAAAUUGCCAUAACAGUAAAAAACGGGUAUCUAUAACAUUCUGUAAUCUUACAACUCCAGCAAGUCAUUAUAGGCAAUGCGGAUACCAAACAACACGGAAACGGAGGUUCUACAGAAUUGCUUGUGACAACAGAUCUCCACAAGACAGUCGUACUUAUCCAGUGGUUCCAGUUCACUUGGAUGGGAUAUUUUAGCUCCAGUACCAGCCCUUUGUGCCGUCGUUCUGGAUCUGCUGCUUGCUGCUUGCACUAGAGAAGAGCCUAUACCUCUGUCUGUGCUCCUGUUGCCAUCUAUCCUGUGAAACCUGACCCUGAUUCCCUUCUAAUUUAGCUGAUCAGAUCUUUUCUACUCAAUAAACACUUUUGCAUACUCA